UACUUAAAUGCUAAUAUAUUAGAAUCUUUAAUGUAUUAAAAAACAAUCAGGAACCCUUUAGUGUGAACUUAACUUUGGGUCAUGAUAUCUUAGCAGUGCAUUGCCGAAGAGCUCUAACUUCAUCAGCAGACUUGGAUUGGGCCUGACAUUAAGAAGCUUUGUGUCCCUGAGUUUGUCUCCUCACUAGACUAUGAGCUCCUUGAAAGAAGGAAUCCUGUCUUACUCAUCUUUAUAUCCCCAGUGUCUAGCACAGUUCCUGGUACAUAGUUUAAGCUGAAUAUUGGGACAUGGCCACUGCUUCACCACGGUCUGAUACUAGUAAUAACCACAGUGGAAGGUCACAGUUACAGGUAACUGUUUCUAGUGCCAAACUAAAAAGAAAAAAGAACUGGUUUGGAACAGCAAUAUAUACAGAAGUAGUUGUAGAUGGAGAAAUUAAGAAAACCGCAAAAUCCAGUAGUUCUUCUAAUCCGAAAUGGGAUGAACAGCUAACCGUAAAUGUGACCCCACAGACUACAUUGGAAUUUCGAGUUUGGAGUCAUUAUACUUUAAAGGCAGAUGCUUUAUUAGGAAGAGCAACAAUAGAUCUGAAACAAGCUCUGUUAAUACACAAUAGAAAAUUGGAAAGAGUGAAAGAACAAUUAAAACUUUCUUUAGAAAAUAAGAAUGGCAUAGUGCAAACUGGUGAAUUAACAGUUGUGCUGGAUGGAUUGACAAUUGAGCAAGAAAAUCUAACAAACUGCAACUCAUCUCCAACCAUAGAAAUACAGCAAAAUGGUGAUGCCUUACAUGAAAAUGGAGACCCUUCAGCAAGACCAGCUUCCAGGUUGGCUGUUGAAGGUACUAAUGGAAUAGAUAAUCAUACACCUACAAGCACCCUAGUUCAAAACUCAUGCUGUUCAUAUGUAGUUAAUGGAGACAACACACCUUCAUCUCCGUCUCAGGUUGCUGCCAGACCCAAAAAUACACCAGCUCCAAAACCACUCACAUCUGAGCCUGCCAAUGACACUGCUAAUGGAGAAUCAUUCUCAUCUGCACCAAAUGAGAACGCUUCCACCACGAGCACUGUAAUAGUAUCUGAAGAAACCGCCUUGUCUUCAAAUUGCACUAAUACUACUGUUGAAGAUCCUCCAGUUCAAGAAACACUGACUUCCUCAGAAAACGAUGAAUGUAUUCUUUCUAAUAGUGCAGCAUCUGGAUCUGAAGCUAGAAGUUCUUUAGACCCUGCCACCUCUAACUCUGGAAGUAGUUCUGCUUUUGAGGCAGCCAAAUUAAGACAGCCAGAUGGGUGUGUGGAACCUGUACGGCAACAGUCUGGAAAUGCCAGCACAGAAACCUUGCCAUCAGGGUGGGAACAGAGAAAAGAUCCUCAUGGUAGAACCUAUUACGUGGAUCAUAACACUCGGACGACCACAUGGGAGAGGCCGCAGCCUUUACCUCCAGGUUGGGAAAGAAGAGUUGAUGAUCGUGGACGAGUUUAUUAUGUGGAUCAUAACACCCGAACAACAACCUGGCAGCGGCCUACCAUGGAGUCUGUUCGAAAUUUUGAACAGUGGCAGUCUCAGCGGAACCAAUUGCAGGGAGCUAUGCAACAGUUCAACCAACGAUACCUCUAUUCGGCUUCAAUGUUAGCUGCAGAAAAUGACCCAUAUGGACCUUUGCCACCAGGCUGGGAAAAAAGAGUGGAUUCAACUGACAGGGUUUACUUUGUGAAUCAUAACACAAAAACAACCCAGUGGGAAGAUCCAAGAACUCAAGGCUUACAGAAUGAAGAACCCCUGCCAGAAGGCUGGGAAAUCAGGUAUACUCGGGAAGGCGUUAGGUACUUUGUUGAUCAUAAUACAAGAACAACAACAUUCAAAGAUCCUCGCAAUGGGAAGUCAUCUGUAACUAAAGGUGGUCCACAGAUUGCUUAUGAACGCAGCUUUAGGUGGAAACUUGCUCACUUUCGUUAUUUGUGCCAGUCUAACGCACUACCCAGUCAUGUAAAGAUCAAUGUAUCCCGGCAGACAUUGUUCGAAGAUUCCUUCCAACAGAUUAUGGCAUUAAAACCCUAUGACUUGAGAAGACGAUUAUAUGUAAUAUUUAGAGGAGAAGAAGGACUUGAUUAUGGUGGUCUAGCAAGAGAAUGGUUUUUCUUGCUUUCACAUGAAGUUUUGAACCCCAUGUAUUGCUUAUUUGAGUAUGCUGGCAAGAACAACUAUUGUCUACAGAUAAAUCCAGCAUCAACCAUCAAUCCAGACCAUCUUUCAUACUUCUGUUUUAUUGGCCGCUUUAUUGCUAUGGCACUUUUUCAUGGGAAGUUUAUUGAUACUGGUUUCUCUUUACCAUUCUACAAGCGUAUGCUAAGCAAAAAACUGACUAUUAAGGAUUUGGAAUCUAUUGAUACAGAAUUUUAUAACUCCCUUAUCUGGAUAAGAGAUAACAACAUUGAAGAAUGUGGCUUAGAAAUGUACUUUUCUGUUGACAUGGAAAUUUUGGGAAAGGUCACUUCGCAUGACCUGAAAUUGGGAGGUUCCAAUAUCCUCGUGACCGAGGAGAACAAAGAUGAAUAUAUUGGUUUAAUGACAGAGUGGCGUUUUUCUCGAGGAGUGCAAGAACAGACCAAAGCUUUCCUUGAUGGUUUUAAUGAAGUUGUUCCUCUUCAGUGGCUACAGUACUUUGAUGAAAAAGAAUUGGAGGUUAUGCUGUGCGGCAUGCAGGAGGUUGACUUGGCAGACUGGCAGAGAAAUACUGUAUAUCGACAUUAUACAAGAAACAGCAAGCAAAUCAUUUGGUUUUGGCAGUUUGUGAAAGAGACAGACAAUGAAGUAAGGAUGCGACUAUUACAGUUUGUCACUGGAACCUGCCGUUUACCUCUAGGAGGAUUUGCUGAGCUUAUGGGAAGUAAUGGGCCUCAAAAAUUUUGCAUUGAAAAAGUUGGCAAAGACACCUGGUUACCAAGAAGCCACACCUGCAACACUUACCAGCACCACCAAAUUGAGUCCACGAAUGGAUCACAGGCACAGCAGUUUCACCAAGCAGAUUAGGUCUCUUCCAAGGAAAGCAGCUACAAGUCUGUUUUGUUCUCAGUACUGCCUAGGCAGGUAAAGCCGAAAGAGUUAAUAAACCUUUUAUGUCUUGCAGUCUUCAGUUAAUCAGCCACGUUGUAUCUUCAAAACCGGGUAAGGUGGUGUGUGUCAAAGUACCAUUAGGCAAUUUUGCUUUUGUUAAAAAUGACCCCUGGCUAGGUUAAGUUGCAUCUGGACUGGGAGAUCUCCAGACACUUGAUAGGAAAAUGUACCUUUGGAUUUCCCAGAGAAACCAACAACUGAUGUCCCUUAUGAGGUCCCUGAGCUGUCACCAAGGGAGAUGAUAGUUCUUGGAGUUGUGUGGAUGCUCUGCUGCACGGACUGCUGCUGUAAGGUCAUUUUCUGAAAUGUAAGGAGCCCUGACAUGGACCUGCUGGCUGGCUCUGGUUCCUAUCCAACACCCUUCUGAGUAAACUGGGGCCAAAUUAAGGCUUUUGCAGACUUUGAGUGUUUGGUUUAACCUAAGAAGAUCCCCUGGUGUAACCUGCAGAAGUAAAAAAUGAUGAGAAAAACAGGUCUUAUAACACCAAGUUUUCUAAAUCUGUUGAAUUUAAAAGCCAAACUUAAGAUAUUAACGGGGAUUUGAUCUGUCUUAAGGGAAAAACCAUUAUCAGAGCAGCUUACGAAGGCUCCUUUGUACCAAGUGUAUUCUCCUCAGUCACAGGACAAAACCGUAUUCACUGCUCUCAGGGCGGUGCCAUGGACCAGAACAGGGUGUUCAUCAAAAUGGCUUACCGGCCCUCGCCACAGCCGUCCGCCCUCCUAGUGUUCUUCCCAGCAGUGCCCGGGCACACAGUCCAAAGUAAGUUGUGUGGCGAGGGCCCCAUGAAAGCAAAAAAUACCCUCCCAUAUAAUGUAGCACCAACAACAUAUACAUCAACAAGUGGGAUAUCCUAAAUUCCAAAAUUUCUCUCCCUAAUUUCAGCCAAGAACUCAGACGAUACCAUUUAAAAAUAUUUUAAAUCCUUUGUAUGUUCUCUUCACCACAACUCCAUAAGGUUGGUGUGUUUUUGCUUUUUCUAUGUUGUAGUGAUGCUUAUAGGUAAAGUACAUCUGAAAGAAGUCAUUUUCACCAAGUCCAUAGCUAGUUCAUAGUCUAUGAUUAAACGGGAACAUUUUGCUAACAAGUUAACAGAGCUUUCAGAUUUAGUAGCCACUAUUUAAAUCCAGAUUUAUUCUCAAUCCUCAAAAGAAGGAAAGUAACACAUCCACAAGAGGUAAUUAUAACCACCCAUAGCCCAUGUCUCUAAUAGGUUCAGAAGAUAAUACUGCAAACAUCUAUUCACAUGUAUGUGGGUAAAUCAGCAUCUCAAACUAGCAAUCACGUCUGGAACACACCCAAGAACAGUAAAGUGAAGACUGCACAGGAAAGAAUAAUUGGGUCCUAGGGUUUUUCCCCAAAAGAAGUAAUAGGUCUCACUGGGGGUGAGGAAAUGCCAAGAACCACUACAAAGCCUGGUGAAUCAGACUCCUGGGAAGUCAAAAGGUAGAGACCAAUUGCACACAAUCAGAAUCUUAGGAACCGCACCACAUCUUGGAGAAGGGAGCGUAUCCCUUAUUAUUAGAAGAAAGAUGAUAUAACUUGUACCUAUUGUUCACAGGAGCCAAAGAUUGGAAACAGCCAAAAUGCCCUUCAGUGAAUGGUUAAAUAAAUGGGUACACUAAAUAUAGUGAAAUAUAACCAACAGUACAAAGGAAUCAACACUGACUAGCUUUAGACAGAUCUCAAAGGAAUUAGGUUCAAUGAAAAAAGCCAAUUCUCAGAAGAUCACAUGCUAUGAUUCCAUUUUAUGACCUUGAAAUGACAAAAUUAUAAAGGACAGAUUAGUGGUUGCCAGGACUAGGGAGGUGGUAGGGAGGGAAGGUGGCUGUGUGUGACCAUAAAAGGACAGCACUAGAGUUUUUUGUGAUUUGGUGGAACAUUUCCAUAGCUUGACUGUAGUGUCAGCUAAAAACCUACAUGGGACAUAAUUACACAGAACACACACAAGUGAGAGCAUUUAGAAGUAAAAUCUGAAUCCGGUAUGUGGGCUAUGCCAGUUUCCUGGUUUUGCUAUUGUACUGUAGUUUUAUGUUACUGAGGAUCGCUUUGCAUUUCCCCUGCCAACAUUCUAUGAAUCUAUACACAGCAAAAAAAAAAAAAUUUUAAUGGCACUAUUAAAUAUCAGACCCCCACCCCCAAAGGGCUUUAUUACUGAAAGGCCUUUCAUUUUGCAUAAACUACUUAACGGAAGUUAUCCUUGAAUGGAUCAAAACCUCACUUCCCAUUUGAUUACUAGGUAUAGCUAGUAACUACACACACACAUCACACCUUCAGAAAAUUUUGAAAAUCUCUAUAAUGAAAAAACUGAAAAUGAGAAAAUUUCAGAUGAAAAUGCUCAAAACAAAAAAUUCUUUAACAUACUAUAUGGAUAUGAGUUAAAUAUAAUAAGUAACUUCAGAUACCAAAAAAAAAAAUCCAAAUUAGAAAUUCAAAAACUCAGAACUGGACAAACUACAUGAAAAUGUGAAACGCCUGCUGACUGGAAUCAGAAAAAAAAAUGGAAGAAGAAAACAUUUGAGAAGAAACGUAUCAGAGGAAGAAAGCAAAGAACAUGGAAGGAAUAAGGGACAUGGAAGACAAAUUCAAACAGUCAAGAAAAUGAAACAAGUAAAAAAAAAUCAGAGAGAUAUAAGCAAUUAGGCAAAGAUCUUACAUAUAAUUAAAAUCGCUGAAAAAAAGAUGGAAAAGUGACUGUCAGAGUGUGCUAAUGCAAAUCUUGAAUAAGGGACCAUCGAAGAUGACUGGCCUCUUCAAGAUGUCAAUGAAUGAUGUGAAGAAAAAAAAAUGGGAGAACUGUUCUAGAUUUUUAAAAACUAAGGCAAAAAAUCAAAUGCAAUGUAUGACUGAUUAGAUCUUGCUUUUUUAAAAGUGUAAGACAUUCUGUGACAUUUAAGAAAAUCUGAAUACAGUUGUAUAUUAGAUGUUAAAAGAAUUAUUGUUAACCUUUUGUUGUGAUAAUGGGGUUUGUUUAAAGGAUGUCCUUAUUCUGAGACAAUGCAUGCGGAAAUAUCUAGGGAUGAAAUACGCUGUCUACAAUUAAUUCCAAAACUUCAGAAAUAUAUAUAGAUAUAUGAAUAUAUAUACACAAAUAAGUAAAAUACAGCAAAAGAUUAGCAACUGGAGAUGUUUUCAAGUUCAAACAUACACAUAUAUCCUGGUUGUACCCAGUCCAGACCCACAGAGUUCACCGUAACAGUACAAUCCCCAAAUCCUUUGGGGAAAACUCGUCUAUGCAUAUACUCUUGAUUUACCUAAGUAACAUCCAAGAUCAUCCUUUUUAUAAAACAGUUCUGCAGUGGUGGCACCCCAGCCUCAAGCUGCACUUUAAAAUGUCUUCAUUUCUAUUUCACCCUUGAGUUCUACGUUCUUUUCACCGCAUUAGGGAACAGAAUUUGGGGUUGUCUAGUGACAAAAAUCAGUCCUCCACUUGUAAUUCUAUGCCGUAUUAAAAAAAAAGAAACCACUCCCAUUUUUCAUUCUCUCCUGACUUGAGGUUUUUCCUUAGAGAAAAAGGAUCUGGUUCCAAGAUCCAUCACUUAACUACUUUAUACCAAGAACCCUCAACAUCCUAACCUCCUAAUUUUCACUGCACCUUCUCUGCAAGAUCUCAACUUUGCAUCAGUCCAACUUGACAAUGCACUCCCCCAUGCCACCUCUCACACAGAACUUUCUUUUCUUGAUUCUCCAUUCUGAUGUGAUCCAGCCUCCCUUAGAAGUCUUACACCAUUUUGUAUUGCUGGUGUCCUAAGUGCACAACAUUUCUGCCUCUGAGCCAGGGAGAUGUCAUUACCACUCAAACAGUAAUUAUUUCUUUUGCCUUGUUACCUGUGAAGAAACGGGAUUUUGUAUAUUUACUUUGUUAGUCUCAUUAAUGAAAGAAAAAUAGCCAUAGAGCACAUGUAUGGUUUAUGUAUUAUUUAUGUAUUAUCUUUGUAAUGUGAUGAAAAGGCAGUGUUUCUUAGAUGUGCUUUCUUCUCUGACAAAUUCUCAUUUCUUGUCAUUGAAGCCUGUAAGCAACUGAGCAGCUUCUGUCUGUAUCUAAAAUGGAAAAAUACAUGUUAUAAAUAAACAGCACAGCAGAGAUAUCAACUUGUGAAAUCCAAGUUCAUAAAGUGGGCUGUGGUUUGUUUCUAAAAAGUUCCCCAAAACCAGGAUAGCACAUUGUAAAAAAUUUAACGGUGACUGGGUAAGACUUUUUCCAUUCGCUGCCUUUUGUUUCAGAAAUCUUAUUUGAUCUGUCAUGUAUGUCAAACAGGAAUAAGGCAGCAAGUAACCUCAUAACAUCUGUUAAUAGUAACUGAGCAUUUGCAUACAGAAAUUAAUGGAAAUGUUAAUGAAUUCACAUUUGAAAUGAACACUCUUGUUUUCAACAGUAUGCAUUUAGACAAAUUAUAUUUUUAAAGAAGUUCUUAAUUCCUGUUUAAUAGUGCCUCAAUAGAAACCUAUCUGCCUUAAUUUACUGGAGAUGUGUUACCUGCUUAUCCUCCUCUGUGUGUGCUGGAUAGUCCUUGGCUUUCAUUAGCCAGAAGGCAGCAAGCUUUUUGUUGUGUAACUUCAAAUAUGUCUUUCCUAAAAGAAGCAAAUUUUUGCUGUAGAAGUUUGGAUCCACUGUACAGAAGAAAGAAAAGUUUAUCUCAGAUGACAUAAUAUUGCUCUUUUAAAGGCUUAAUUUUUUCAGUCUAAAUUCCAAUAAUAAAUUUGUGUGGUCAAUAAAA